AUGGCGCCACAGACGAGGAGAGAGAGGGCGGUGGGGGAGGGGCGGUCGAGCUCGUCGACGCCGACAGCGGCGGGGCCGGGGGCGGUCGAGGUGCAGCGCCGGCGGGUGGGCGGCGGUUGGACGAGCCGCCGGAUCUCCAUCUACGCUUCCCGAGUCUUCUUCCUCCUCAUCAUGCUCCAGAUCCCGCUCUUCAGGGUCCCUUGUAGAGCUGGCACAUGCACAACUCCUAUUCAAAUCACAUCGUCUCAGUUGGUCUCAAAUGAGAUAUUCCCACCAGCUGUUGUGAAGGCCAUGCUCUACCCUGGAGCUAUCGUCAGCAGCCUAACUAAAAGCAAGACAUUUCCGAGUUGGAGUGACCUGUUUGACAUAUACAACCUGACAGAAGCCAAAAAUGCUUCUGCAGUAGUUGAUCUCCAGCGUCUAGAGAUACUUGCGGGAAGCUACUUCUGUGUUGCUGGAGCGCUCAUUGGCAUCAUAAAUCCUGGGAGGAUGACUUUGUUUGGUACCCUUUUGGUUAUCUGGGGUCUGGUGAAAGAAGCACUAUUUGGGAAGCCAGUGAACAGCGAUCCGACUCAAUCAACUUAUGUCUACCCAACCAUUUUGAUUGCACUUAUGAGCGUAGCCAUAUAUCCUCGUUGCUCCUUAUCCGAUUCGCUGCAUCGUGUGGGUGGUUCACGAAGAAGAUGGGCCUCUUGUAUGUCCCAGUCUUCACGUUUUGCUUAUAAUGCAAGACCAUCUCCAAUUGUUCUCAAGACCGACCAUGCAAUUGAUCCCUCUGAACCAAAGAAUUUGGAUGCAAGUUCCUCAGCUUCAAGAAGUGGACCUUACAUUGGGACUUGUCAUCCAUCAGGCGCAGCUGGAGUAAUGGGUGCGUCUUCCUCUUCCUCCCUCAGAUUUUUAGAGAAAUUUGUGAGUUGGAGCACUAGAGGUAAAGAAGAGGCACCUCCAUUCAUCAUCUGCAAUGACCCACUUGUCAAGAAAGAGCUGUUGCCAUCUGGAACCCAAUCCACUUCUAGCUGUAGUAUUGCUCUUGGGAAGUUAAGGCAGAAGAGGCUCUUCUUGGAGCAAUCUGGAGCAUGCUGUAUUGUUAUGCCAUGCCAGUUCUUACAUGCCUGGCACGAUGAGAUUUCACAGGGUUGCUCGGUUCCGUUCCUCCAUGUUGGUGAUUGCACUGUAAAGGAACUCAAAGCUGCUAACUUGAAACCUGUUGAGUAUGGAAGUAAUGUCCGUGUAGGAGUUCUGUUCACUGACAAUACAUUGGCUACAAACUGUUAUCUAGACAAGCUGGAGAGCCAGGGUUUUGAGGUACUAUGUCCAGAUAAAGCUUCCAUGGAGCGUACAGUGUUACCAUCAGUUGAUGCAUUCAGGAAGGGGGACAUGGAAGGCGCGAGAAACCUGUUGCGAGUAUCGCUGCAGGUUCUUCUUGUGAGAGCUGUCAAUAAGAUAAUCCUUGCGUCCGAUGACCUUGUUGGCAUUUUGCCUGAUGAUGACCCUCUGCUCAAGAAAUGUAUAGACCCAUUGGAUGCCUUGGUCGGAGAGGCCAUUGCAUGCGCACGAGCAGCACGGUCAUGA